AUGUCUCUUAACGGAAAGGACACGAAGAAGCUAAAAACUCAACCGGAUAAGCCGCCGUCGGUUCGUGUUCAAUUGAACGCAUUGAAAUUACCAACGUUGAAAAACAUUCUCCGGUUUAAUCAUCAAAAUCCAUUUGGAAACAAAGCAAAACUUGUUGUUCGAAUUCUCUAUCUGUUAAAGCAUGGUGGAUACCCACGUUGUCCGAAAUGUAAAUACGGUCGACUGAAGCGACGACUGCAUCGUCGGAAAGAUCAAUCAAAGUUUUACUGUCCUGGUUAUCCCAGUGGUUUUCGAGAAGGGGAUUCGUUUAUUCAUUGUAACUAUACUACAGAAACUUGUGAAAAAGAAUCUUUCGUUUUUGAUCAUAGCCUUAAUAUCAUUGUAUAA